AACAUCAGUGCAGGGAGGUCACUGCAAGUGAGCCACAACAGAAGGAGCUUUUCAACACACCACAGAAACGUUAGAAGUGACACUUUAAAAGAGCUUACGAGCACACCAAGAAGAUGAAAAGGAAGAGGAUUGGCCUCACACAUUUGAGACCUUUGACAAAGGGAAUCUGAACUGAAUGCAUGAUCUGCUGGGUGCAGUGGUAUCGGUGCAGUUUUGCGAAUCAAGAAAAGCUGUCAAACACAGAUUCAUGAGGCAUUCUGGGACUAUCCUAUUUCCAAAGACUGAACAGUUAAACAACUCAAUGCCGAUACGACUGCCUACAAUUACAGCAGAUACACCAAUGUCAGCCCCCACUUCAGUGUUGCUGGAUACUGGGGGUGGGCCUCAGUGUGCAAUAUGUGCCGACAAGGCCACAGGAAAACACUAUGGUGCAGCCAGCUGUGAUGGCUGCAAGGGCUUUUUCAGAAGAAGCAUUCGCAACAACCACAUUUACAGCUGUAGGUUUAACAGGCAAUGCGUCGUGGACAAAGACAAGAGGAACCAAUGUCGUCAUUGCAGACUACAAAAAUGUUUCAAGGCUGGCAUGAGAAAGGAAGCUGUUCAGAAUGAGAGAGACAGCAUCAACAUUAACAGAACUAAGGGACAAGUAGCGGGUACUCUGUCAAUCAAUGUGCUGCUGUGGGAAGAGGCCAAUGUGCAACAGGUCCUGGCACUGCACUCAUCUCAGAGUCAUGACAUCACCUCCAAGAAGACUGCCUGUGUGGGAGACGUGUUUGAGUCUAUGAAGCAGCAACUCCUCCUGCUGGUGGAAUGGGCAAAACGCAUCCCAGAGUUUUGUAGCCUCCCGAUAGACGACAGGGUUAGCCUGCUACGGUCACAUUCUGCAGAACAUCUUAUUCUAGGGGCAGCAAGACGCUCACUACCUUACCACAAACUCAUUCUUCUAGGUAAUGACUUCGUGAUACCCCUGAUAGGAGCAGAAGUAGAAGUGUCCAGAGUAGCUUUCAGAAUCCAAGAGGAACUUGUCAAACCUCUCAAGGAGCUGGACAUCUCGGAUAAAGAGUUUGCUUGCCUCAGAGCCAUUGUUUUCUUUGCCCCAGACUGUCCAGGGCUCGAGAGCUCUCGAGUGGUUCGACACUUGCGUCUGCAGGCUCACCUUCUGUUAGAAGAAGCAACUUGUGAGCAGCGAGGAAGGUUUGGGGAGCUUCUGCUGAUUCUUCCUUCCCUGCAGAGUGUUGCUUGGCAGAUGGUGGAGACUCUACAUCUGGCCCAGCUGCUCGGUGAGGCCAAAAUGGACAGCCUGCUACAGGAAAUGCUGCUGGGGGAGGGAACCAAAACUGGGGAAGGACUCUGUACAGGCAGUGACCCAACUCAAGACAAAAACAGCGAUGCCACAGCGUCACCUUCUAACUUCUCCUCCGUCAUCUCUCAUGUCUCAACAGUCUAACCUAUUCUUACAAAGCAACUCAUGCCUCACAGCAUAUAAAUGUUGACUAUAUGUCAGCUACUAUUAUUACAUCAGCAAACAAAUGUUGUAUUUAUUUUUUAUUUCAAAUCCAAAGGAAGAAACAUUUACUUCAAUUUUUGAUCAUGUUAAACUGAUAUUUUUUGCCAUGAGACAUUAAUUCAGACACUGAAUGCUUGUAUUAUAAAAGGCAAGGGUGAUGCCUGUUUGUUUCACACAGCUCUUACCAGUGGCCUUCCUACUGCCCACACAGACUGGCACUGAGGUGUACAGACAUGGAAGCUGCCAGUGUUCCCACGACAUACCAGAGGUGCAUUUGUCUUCAGCAAACACUUCAAGAGGCGAAAAGUCAGCCAGGGAGUGAAAGCCUGUGAAUAUAAGGCAAAAUGCAAACCAAGAAACAGGUCAUGUGUGCUGUACAGAACACUUCAUACGAAUCAUAAAUGUAUAUACGGUAUGUGUAUAUCCAGCUACCCACAGCUAAAUAAAAAACACAAGCAGAUGCUGUCGUCAUCCUGCAUUUAAU